UGCACUUUCUAAAGUUUUCCGUCCGAAUGUUGUUCUUCGAGUUUGUGGAAACUUGGAAGCAUUUAGUAUUGAUUCUGCUGGAAUUUCCUGCACUACAAGAUUUGAGGAUUGAUUGCUUUUUCCGAAAAUACCGCAAACAAAUUGUACCUUUCCGUGUUUUUCCGGAGCUAAAGAGCUGGAAUCGACGACAACGAUUUAGUUUCUUCCGUACGAAUAUCCCAAAUUUACAGUGUCUUAAAAUGGAGUGCUCAACAGAGUUUGAACUGGACGCUUGGAAAUACUUCAGUGGACAGUUGAAGCUCGUUCAUGUGUAUGGUUUGGAUAGAUCAUAUUUGCACCCCUUUCUCGAGCUAACGUUCCCACGUCUAGAGGAUUUGGCCAUCAAAAUAUUUGAAUUUAGCAUAAAGGUAGAUAUGGAUUUCAGGAAAAGUAAGGAUUUUUUUGGAAGACAUCCCUCCAUUCGAAGACUCUCUUUCGGGAAUUUGUUUUCGGUAAAAUGUGUUCAAAUCAUUAGUCAUCACUGUGCUGAGCUAGCACAUCUAUGCCUUACUCUAGAUAUUGCGGACGACGGAAAUUUGGAGUCGCUGGUGCAAUUAUCUAAGCUCAAGCACCUUUCAUUGGAAGGAAAAGUGGAAAGAAAAGUUCUUCGUGGACCUAUGAAGUCGCUCGAAUCUGUUGCAUUGGAUGUGCCUCAUCCUCAAAUUCUGCUCGAUAACCUUUUCGAAGUUGUGCCACGGUUGAGCUGUUUGAAAAUCACAACAACCAUAAACUACGAUGAACUAGAGUUCAUCUGCGAGAAGUUUUCAUGGCUUCGACACUUAGAAUUAUGCUUUUGUAAUCAGCAGGUAGCAGAAGAUUCUGUCCGAUUUGAUCGAUUGGAACACUUGCAGGAACUUAAAUUAUCUCACUAUUUUGAAAUUCCUUUCCUUCGUUCCUGUCAUCGCAACAACGUUCGGUCCCUGACAAUAUACCGUUGGCGAGAACUAUUGAAGACAAAGGAAGAUGAUCUUUGCUUAGUGCCCGAAAGGUUCCCCUUGCUGAAGAGGUUGAUGUUCCUGAACAAUGACAACUCGAUGUCUUUGGCUGCUGUCGAACGGCUACAUAAAUUGAUGCCCUCAUGUAGAAUCGACUACGGCGACCAUCACUUCUAUCCCAUUGCCAGUGUGACUGCGGAUUGAAAGUCGUUGGGAGUAGAAAGGAGGUGCAGCUUCGGAAGGAGAUAAAAUUUUAAGAUAAGCCACUCAUGUAAUCUGUUUCAAUCGAAUUUCCACAAUUA